AAUAUUUUAGAACAUUUUCAAGUAUGGACAGCGGAAGAGCAGUAACUAAUUCCGAGGAACUUUUGCCUUCCCCCGGUUAUAAUUAUAUGCUGACGCCCAGUACUUCCCAAAAGCGCUCAAAUGUUUCUAGCGCGGCUUUAAUGCAAUCUUCGGCAGAGAAGAUUGUUGAGCAAAUGGGCAACAUAGUGGAGCUACGUAAAGCGGAGAUGGCUCAGAAGUCAAAGUUUGAGCCUCUUUUGAAGCAUUUGGAGUCGCUUCUACAACAAUUGCCACAAAGCACGGCGAAUAUAUUGGGGGCCAAAUUUACUCAAAUGGCCUACGAAGAAAUUGAAAAACACGAAAAUAGUGCAACGGAUAAAAAUAGAAAUGAAAAACAGUAAU